AUGGCUGAGCUUGGAUACAUAGCGUUGGCUGGCAAUCUGCUCCAAUUCGCUGAACUUGGUGUCAAAUUAGUUCGCGGCGCCCUGGAGCGGUACAAGUCUGCCGAUGGCUCGACUAUUCAUGAUGAGAUAUUGAUAGCCGAUGCCCGGCGUCUGAGACAUCUUGCAGGUGUUAUCCUGAACAAUGAGUCAGAUGCAACAAAGACAACAGAAAGUCCGAUACUGCGCUCCAUUGCUCAGAGAUGCACUGAGGAUGCUGCUGUCUUGAUUGAGAUCCUCGACGCAUUGAAGGUGGAUACAACUCCAGGCCAGAACUUAUACGCAAGGAAGUUACAGAGCUUUGAGCAAGCACUAAAGCGUAUGUUAAAAGAGCAUAAGAUACGGGAGUUGGAGUUGAGACUUGGAGGUCUCCGCAGAGAAUUGCAGCUAUUUCUCACCCAUGCUGCUGGAACAGCACAAAAAGAUAUCCAAUCCCUUUUCAGAAGAUUAGAAGAUCAGAACAACAGCCUCGAGGCUAAGGCCAUCGCCAAACUGGACGACAUCGUUAGGCGAAUUGACAAGACAACACAAGUCUUACAAAAGACUAUACUCAAUGAAUUCUCAGCCCAGAUAGAUCUUCUCAGGGCCGAGAUCGAUGAUUUCAAUGACGAGAAACAGUACGUGCGAACGAGACACCACAUACUACGCAGUUUGAAAUUCGAUCAAAUCAAGGCGAGGCAGGAAGCGAUCAAGGAAAGACACAGAGCGACGUUUGACUGGGUUUUCAGCCACGAUGAUACCCUAUUUCCCCAAUGGUUGGAGUCAGGUAAUGGGAUUUUCUGGCAACUUCGAAUGGAGGACCUGACUAGAGACGACAUCCGCCACUAUGUCACGGACAUAUUGUGCAACAACGAUGACUUUACGGCACUUACGAAACAAGAUGACCGUUGCUCUCGAGUAGCCGAAACAAUUGUCGACAGAGCUCAGGGCGUAUUUCUGUGGAUUUACCUUGUCGUGGAGUCCCUGAAGAACGGCCUCGCAAAAGGAGACACAUUCACAGAAUUGCAAAGUCGGGUGGACGAGCUUCCAGCUGACCUGGAGGAAUAUUUCCAGCAUAUGAUCGAGUCAAUAGAGCCGAUAUACUGGGAAAGCACCUCGCGCAUUUUCAAAAUCAUGAUUGAAUCAGGUCAAGCGCUACCGCUUUUAGCCUUCGAAUUCCUCGAACAGGAGGCAGAAAAUGUGAGCUAUGCGUUGCAAAUGAAGGUCGCCUCCACUUUGCCGGAAAACGUGGAAAAGUUACAUGACAGAAUGAAGAAGCGGCUCAAUGCGAGGGGCAAAGACCUCCUCUACGUUACCUUUCAUCCGGUCAAGAGACCAUUUCUUCAGUACCAAGUCGACUUUUUGCAUCGAACUGUGAGAGACUUCUUCAUUGAUCGAGCCGUACUUGAGGAAACAAAGGCAAGAAGAAAGACUUCCCACUUCAACCCGGCACUUUCACUGUGCCGAAUCAUGCUGGCUUUUGUCAAAACAGUGUCAUAUUCGGAAGAAGCGGUUAACUACAACGAGAUCUUUCUCUUUUCUGACGGACUGAUGUACCAUGCUCACACGAUUCAACAGGCAUUUCUCAAUAACAACGAGAAAUCUGAUAUCAACCCUCAAUGUUUAUUGGAUGACAAGGAGAAUAUGUUCAAUCUGCUUGAUGCAUUGGAUCAAACGAAUACAUCACAUGCCAGAGACAUGAGUGUCCACUGGACGAACUUCAGAGAAAGCCCAAAGGGCAACUUCAGAGAGAAGCGACAGAAGAACUUUCUAGCCUCUGCUAUACAAGCGAGGCUAUCAUUGUAUGCGAAGCACAAAAUCGACAUAGAUCUAGAUCGGGUUCAUGAGAAGACUGGCCGUCCAUUGCUGGACUACGCUCUGCGGCCAACCACCGUGACCCCUUUUGAGCUACCUACUCAAGAGGGUCCAGUCGGAGCUAUGGUUGAAUUCCUGCUACAAAACGGGGCUGACCCGAACCAGAGAAUCGAAUUGUAUGGCGGAAAGACGCCUUGGCAACUUUUCCUUUCUGUCUGCUAUGGCCACAGUCUCCAAGCCGAAAAGUUGAGCCUUGAUGAGGAUGAGGUGACAGACACGAUUGUGGCGAUGUUGCUGUCGGGGGCAGAUCCCAAAGUUAGAAUUGAUCUCAAUGGCGGUGGGAAAGCAGAUGUCCUAGGGGUUGCUUUAAGACUGGCCCUUUCUAGGGCAAAAAUUGAGAGAAUCAAGAGCGCGAUGAAAGACAGCAAGCCCUGUCAGCAGCCGGGUUUCUUGGAGAGCUUCAGGUCAUGGUGGUGGAGCAGGAAGGCAUGCAGCCCCUUCACCGAGGUUCCUCCCAACACUGCUCCUGCCAUCGACAACCGCGGUCAUUCCACACUCAUCCGACCCACCCCCAAUUCUCCCCAAAUCCCAAGCCCCCAUCUCGCUACCGCGGCGCCCUCAACCGCAUCGAUAGCCAUCCCAAUGGCGAGCAUCAUUAUCCGACAGGAUCCGGGAUCCAUUUACCGACCCGGCCGAACCAACAUUGGCUACAGCAUUGUCAGCGACGAUGGCGUGAUUGGAGAGCCCGCCCCUCAGGACGAAGAUUCUUGGAUCGAGUUCCUGACCGACGAGGCGAUCGAGGACCUCGACAUGACUCCGGAUGGCCUCUCUGAGAGCGAUACGCAGUCGCACGACGCCCAGCCCGAUAUGUCAGAGAAAGUCAUUGACUCAAUCGAGGCGGUGAACAGAGAGGACGGGACCGAGGAGGAGAACCAGGAGGACAAGGCCAGUCAUUCCAUUGCCACCCGGGUUCGAAAUGUAACACCUCCCUUCCUAGCUUCUCGUUCUCGCAAUAUUGACUUUCAGGUACAGGGACCUCUCAGCCCCAUGUUAGUUGAUGGCAUCCCCCAGGACUCCACGUCGGACGGCUUCCGAGGCUUCUAUGACAACAUGGGCAACCCCUUCUUCCAACAUGACUAUGACUAUGAGCCCGCUUUACCCCCUCACCUCCGUCGCCCCAUCUUCGUCGACUGGGCCGAGCCCUUCAAGAACCCCGUCUACGCUCUUCGUUACCUUGCAGAGAUUGCCGGAGACUACUACACCGUGACUCUCAUGAACCAGAGAAUCAGCAUGCAGCAACGCCCGCAGACACCAGGUGCUCAGAGCGUCUUGCAGUCGCACCUGCUCUCGCCUGCUGCCUCGCAUAUCGCUACGCCCGCUCGCACGCCGGCUACUAAGCGCCUUCGCUUCUCCGACGAUGUCGUUCGCUCUGGUUAA